AUGGAUAUUCCGUUAGCUUCGAAAGAAAGCCCUGCUGAUUGUAGUAGUGCCUGUCCAUCAGGUGUUACUGCCAUUGGUUCAGGGUUUACAUCAACUACAGGCAGUUCUCCGGUGUAUGAAGCCAAGCAAGAGGGCAGUAAUGAUGAUGGAUAUAUAUACAAGGAGAUACCGUUAUGGAAUAAGAUAGUUUAUGAUAUUUUUUUGUGGAUUUUUGGUGCAGUGUUCAACUGUUUCUUUAGAGACGUUAGGACUCGUGAUGGGUAUAAGAUACCUCAAAACGGGCCCAUAAUCUUUGUUGCAGCACCUCAUGCUAAUCAAUUUGUUGAUCCUGUAAUUUUGAUGACUCAAGUGAAGAAGCUAACCAAUAGGCGUAUUUCAUUCUUGGUUGCGAAUAACUCGAUGAAGAGACUAGUAGUAGGGUUUUUAGCUCGAUGUGCUAUGUCGAUCGGCGUUGCAAGGGCACAAGAUAACCUAAGUCCGGCAAAGGGUAAGAUUAGAUUAGCUCCCGAUAACCCCCGUAAGCUUAUUGGAAUUGACACUGAGUUUACGAAGUUUCAAGUCAAGGGUUUAAUUGGGCUACCAAAAUCAUUGGGAAAUAUAGAUAUUGAGUCCAUUGAAUCAGAUACUGAGUUAACUUUAAGAAAGGAAUUUCGGCUGCAGAAGCCAGAGGUCAAGGCUGUAUUAUUGAAAGGUACUUCUUUCAAGUAUGCUCCUAAGGUCGACCAGUCAAAUGUAUAUCAUCAUGUAUUUGAACAUUUGGCCCAUGACCAAUGUAUUGGUAUUUUCCCAGAGGGAGGUUCACAUGACAGGACUGACCUAUUACCUCUCAAAGCGGGCGUUGCCAUUAUGGCUUUAGGUUGUAUGCAUCGUCAUCCAGGGGUUAGCGUCAAGAUUGUCCCUUGUGGGAUGAAUUAUUUUCAUCCUCAUAAAUUUAGAUCGAGAGCUGUUAUAGAAAUUGGAAGCCCAAUAGAAAUUUCUGCUGAGCUGGUCAGCAAGUAUGGCAAUCCAGAAACCAAUAAGGAGGCUGUAAGAGAAUUGUUGAAUACCAUUACCGAGGGUUUGAAGGCUGUGACUUUAUCCUGCCCGGAUUACGAAACUUUGAUGGUUAUACAGGCUGCAAGAAGAUUAUACGCAGGCCGUGUAUCAUCAAAACUUCCUUUGCCGUUGGUGGUGGAAAUGAACAGACGUUUGAUGAAGGGUUAUGAAGCAUUUAAGGACGAUCCAAGAAUUAUAAAAGUUAAGAAGGCUGUUUUGGUUUACAACGAUCAUUUGAGACAUUACAACCUCCCGGAUCACCAAGUGGAGCAUGCACAGAUCAACUUCUCAAGCAACUUGAGCUUGUUGUUGUUUAGAUCCAUAAGCUUGUUAUUUGCUGCCGUUUUGGCACUACCAGGUAUCUUUAUGUUUUCUCCAGUUUUCAUUAUUGCCAAGAGACUGUCGAAUAAGAAAGCCGCAGAGGCCUUGGCUGCCUCGACUGUUAAAAUAAAGGCUAAAGACGUUAUCGCGACGUGGAAAAUUUUGGUUAGUCUUGGUGUCGCUCCAUCGUUGUACACAUUCUGGUCCAUAUUAAUAGUGUGGUACUUCCGCAACAGCUAUACCAAAGAUAGGUAUAUUUUUAGCUUUAUUGUCGCCUAUAGUUGUUCAGCUCUGCUCACAUACUCCGCUCUAUUUGUUGGAGAUAUUGGUAUGGAUAUAUUCAAAUCAUUAAGGCCGUUAUAUCUAUCUUUAACAACUCCGGAGUGCCUAAAGUCUUUACAAGAGGAACGCUGUGUUAUUGCAGAGCAAAUUACUGAAAUAGUUAAUAUAUUGGGUCCCCAGCUAUUCCCUGACUUUGAUGCCGAAGUCUUGGAAAAGAAAUAUCACUCUAGUAGUGUCUCUGUAGAGGAUGAAGAAGACAGAAAGACCCAAGAAUUAAAGAGGCGCAGAUUAUUAAGGAAGAAGCAAGAAAAGGCUGCUGUACAGAGGGAGAGCUUCACUCUCGUAGAAGAUUCAUACGAAGAAAUGACUACUGAUGAUGACAGUGAUGCCCUGUCGAUGGUCAACAGUGACAAUUCGUUAUCGAACAUACCAAUAUUUUCAAGUGUACAUAGAUCCGGAUCAGUUUCUAGUGUAAGCACAAUGUCUUCCGGAUUCGAGAUUGACGAAAAUGUUAAAGACAACGGAUUAAGCAACAUGAUAAUUGAUGCCAUCAGGCAAAAUCGAAAAAUCGAGUAA